CAUACAUCCUACUGACAAACUGCUCACAUGCCAACUAUACUUGUUAACCAUCUCACGAUUCACCAACUAUACUCGAUUCACACUGAUUACAUACUGACGACUGACGAUUGGCCCGACUAGACUUGCCCCCGACUUGCCCAGAUGACAAGCUUUAUCAGAAAUCUGUACGAUUUCUUCCUAGACCAUGACGAAGCGCUAAACCACCUUCCCGCAAUCCUCGAUCAACAAGCCGCCGAGCAAUCCCUAGGCGGUGUCCGUUUUUCCAACGAAUGGCUCCAGCAACGUACCAAGAUCGACCUGUUCCUCAAAGAACAUACCGAUGAAUCCCUCACCAUGGCCCUCAAAAUAUUUGCAAAAGUGAUAGAUACCCUCGACCUGUAUGCACCCGCUCUAAAAGGUCUGACAGACGUACACGCCUACGCAUGUGAAACCCUGGAGAGUAUCAUCUUCGAUCAGCGAAAAGCGGAUCAGAGGGGUCAAGCCGCUGCUUUCUUGUACGGCCAAGCCAUGGCAAUGUCCACACUCACCGCUGAAGCUGUCACACUCGCCAUCGAGAACCUUCUCCCAAGGGGCGGCCACACCGCGUCCAACCUCGCACUCUGCAUCAUCCUCGGCGUCGAACGCUCUAGCCCGCUCUUGUUCGAGAGCCAUUUACCAGAGUUACUGCGACAAGUCCAGAUGGCUGCGUUCUCCAGCGAGGACAAAUCGGUCCCGCAGGAAGCCCUCAUCCGCGCCCUCAAAAUCUACUCUCCCUCCGAAAAAGCUUCAUCCUGCCAGCUGAUCCUCCAUGCCACCCAUGCGCUGCUUGUGGCUAGUAUGCAGCUAUGUCGCUGUCCGCCAACGGGUGAUGUACGUGAAUUCACGGACGAAGAGGGCCGGGGGAAAGCAGAGAUGGGCGUGUUUUGGACUUGUUUCCUGAUUGAACAUAUGCCGAUGACACUCCGCACGGACCUCGCCCAUCGAUACCCAUCGACAAUCCGUUCCCUCCCUAUAUUCACGCUCCUCCUCCCGCUCUCGCCUCACUUACCCCCACCCUGCCAGGCAGCGUUAUGUUCGGCUUUACCGUUGUUGGCGACGUGGGACACGGCCCAGUUUGUGGAAUCGCCAUUGUUUGAGAGGACGGUCGGGUUCAUGUCAGGCAUGGCUAUGGAUUCGAGUGAGAGUUUGGGCGAGGGCGAGGGAGAGAUAGACGCCAUGAACGGUCUCGGCCAGUUGGCCACCAUCGUCCUCGAUCGAUUCGAGCCUUUCAUCCAAGACAUUGGCCAUAUAGCUCUUCAUGCUCUAUCCCACGCCAAAUCCGGUGCCAAACCAAAGACGCAAAGAGCAGCCCAACAUCUUCUCGCCCGACUCCUCGCCUCCCAAGGCCCCACCACGCUCCACAUCAUGGUCGAGUACCUCCACUCGCCACACCAUGUCCUGCUGGACGAUGUGGAACUGUUGGAGAUGAUUGCCACGCUUUUACCGAAUUUGGCAAAGAGGAUUGUACAGACGCUGACGGAUAUUAUUGAUGCACUGCUUCAUGAUGGUGAGGAGAAGAAGAAGGGUGAUGAUGAUAGUGGGGGGAAAGGGGACAGGGAGUAUAGAAGGGAGAGUGUCCUAGAGGCUUUGAAUGUCUUUCCUCUACGUGACAUCGAUCUGGCGACGAGAGCGCAAAAACUCGUCUUGGAAAGCCUAGAAGAAGAUAACGGGAAACAAGUGGUCAUUGCGGCUUUGCAACUGGCUACCAACCCCAUCGUCGCCACACCUUGUAUCAUGCGCAAUCUGACUUUUAAGAUUGCCCAACUCCUUCUCGCCGACGACCUGUCUAUAGUCCAUACAGCUCUCUCCGUCCUGUCCAACCCCACACUCGCGAGCAUGCUCGACGAAAGGUCCUGUUCCAUGAUCCUCCUCGCCCUCCAUCAAUCCCUCGAACCGAGUGUCCAAAUCAUUGCCGCCAAAUUACUCGCCCAUCUCACCACGGCCCAUCGGGCAAUCGUCCAGCCCUUGGCUUGGAGUCAUAUAAGGCAAAGUUUACGACUGAUUGAUUUUCUAGAAAGCGUUGAUCCCAUAAAAGCGGUAAUUGAAGCUUGCAUCAUAAGUAACCUCUUACCCGCCCUCCCACCAAGCUUGCAUAAAAAGUAUGUGGCCCCUGUGAAAGAUCUUAUCAUGACCGGUCUUCGUCGUCCUUGCGAACCGCACGUCCUCUCUCUCAUCUUCCAGGGCCUUUCCAACCUUGCCCGUUUUGAAGGUUAUUCAUCAUUACAACAGUCCCAGCUUGUCCAAGAUCUCCUAGAGAUGACACACGAGAUACCCAAGGAAUGCCAACAUGCAGCUUUAAAUGCGAUUUCAAGCUUGUUGAGUGUGCCGAAAGACGGGUUGGAUGUCUAUGAGUUGUUGGUCAAGGUGCAUGCGAAUUUUGGUGGGGGGAGAGGAAAGGGGUUGGAUAAUGAUUUGAAAGCGUUGGUAAGUGGGAUAUAUGGACAUCUGGGGACUGUUGAAAGGAAUCCUGUCAUCAGCCGCGAUUCAAAAGCGGCAAUCAAUCGUGAAAUGCUCAACUAUCCGUCCAGAACCACCCAUGCCUCCCGCAUUUCCGAGAUUCGGGACCGUUACGGAGCUUUACACCCCACCACCAUCAACACCCUCCUCGCGGAAAACCUCCUUAUGGCACUUUCAACGUCGCUUAAAGCUACAGAUGACCGAUCACUUGUGCUUGAGACCAUGUCCUGUCUCGGUAUUCUACAACCCCGUGCCAUACCUAGCUUGAUUCCUGAUCUUCCAGACCUUAUCAUGAGUGAACUGAAAUAUGCUCUCAAGUCGAGGGAUAGCGCAAGAGAUGCCAACUCCACCAAUGUGAGCGCGGGGUUGCUGUUUUUGAGCAGUACAAUGCACACCAGUGGGGUGUGGAUGGAGCGAUAUUGGGGGGAUAUGGAAGAGCUAAUGGGAGAGUGCGUCAAGAAUGGAGAAGCAUUGCCGGUGCUGAGAGGACUGGAUCUUGUUUUGGCCGCGAUCAACGACUAGACAAAAAUCGUAUUAAUGUACAAUGUACUAUCAGUUGUUUACCAGUUGUCAACUAUGCACUUUGCACUUCGUUCCUG